AUGCGACGGUCAACAUUCUCUUUCACUCACCUCAUCCUUCCAGCUCUGUUUAGUAGAGCACUCACACUCCCCGUCAUACAAUCAAGCCCACAGGGUGAGUGGAACAAUCUCAGCGCCCUCCUACAGCCUCGACAAGAGCAUACCACUGUUGCCAUCAACGAGACCACGCUUGCCGUAGCUGGAGGUGUGUUGGGCGUGUACAACGGCUCAACCCAAGUUGGGGUCCAGACCACCGAUACUGUGCAGCUGUACGACAUUCCUAGCGAUACUUGGGCCGAUGUGGCACCACUUCCACUCGGUCUGAACCAUCCGAAUGUCGCUGCGGUCGAUGGAAAGAUCUACAUCCUUGGCGGUUUGGCCGAUGGCGGGAAUCCAGACUACUUCAUCGACUGGGUCGCUACCGGCGAUAGCCACGUGUAUGAUCCCUCCACAAAUGUAUGGACUGAGCUUGAGUCCAUGCCGAGGGGCACAGAGCGCGGCAGCGCUGUGGUUGGCGUUCAUGAUGGAGUCAUCUACCUUGCUGGAGGCAUGAAACUUCUGCGAGACGGCGAGCAGGCAGGAUUGACCACUGUGACUGCCUUCGAUACCAUUUCAGGCAAAUGGCAAGUGCUGCCGGAAGAGGCUGCCAACAUCCCUGACCCUCGCCAGCAUGCUGCCGGUGCAGUAUAUGAGAACACCUUCUAUGUCAUCGGUGGACGCAAUGUCGACCAAUAUGACGGAAAGGACACUGUUUUCAAGCUCGACCUGGACGACCUUGAGGCCGGUUGGACGACAAGCGACGCGACUAUGCCGACAGCUCGCGGUGGAGUUUCUGGCGACGUGUUGGGUGACAAGUUCUUCGUCUUCGGUGGUGAGGGUAACAAGGAAGCCCCCAACGGCCUUUUCGACCAAGUCGAAGUUUUUGACCUUCAAACUGAGAAAUGGACCGAGCUUGAUGGGAUGCCGAUCCCUAAGCACGGAACCAGCGCUGUUGCCGCCGGGAAAAGCAUCUACAUCCCAGGCGGUGGACUGCAACAGGACGGGAAGGAGUACGUGCUGGAGUCUGGCGAGGUCAAAUUGGCGGACACCUCGAAGUCCUUGGACGUUUUCACCGUGAAGGGUCGCGGGGAUUGGGAAUCCUACUCGUGGUCGCCUGUGCCUUGA